CCAAUCAACUGCAGAGUGGAAUGAUUCUUUAAGGAUUAUUUACUAUUUUGAUACACACCCCUACUUCUAUUACAACCUAACCUAACCUAACCUACAAACCUACAACCUAAAACCUAAAACCUACAACCCUACAACCUAACCUAAUACCCUUCUAUCUUCAGAAACUGAUAGCUGAUUAAGGGCUGGUUCCCGAUUGCUAUGGAAUCUGGCAAAUAUUGCUAAAGCCCUGGUUUCCAAGCUUACUUAGCUCUCCAAAUUUACACAGGCCUAGCACAUUAGCACUGCCACUUCUAGGAUCAGGCACUGGCUAGUGGGUGAUAUCUGUACAUAAAACAUAUAUACCAACAGUUUUAGAUGCUGUGUUAAACUAAAGAAGACCAACCAUGCCUCAACCAAGAGAAUCACAGAUAAAACAAUAUCUAACAAAGUACAAGAAUCCGGUUACAACGAAUGGUGAUGUUAUGAAUGCAUUGCGCCACUAUCGUGGUCUACAAGCAAAGCUGAGUCCAUUUGUAUUUGAUGAUGGGACUCGCCAAGAGCUCUGCUGUCUGGAGGGCACCAUUCCAGUCCAAUACAAAGGCAGCACCUACAACAUCCCGCUAUGCAUCUGGCUGAUGCAGCAGCACCCGCUCGUCGCUCCGCUCGUGUUCGUCAAGCCCACCGCCGACAUGCAGAUCAAGGUCUCCAAACACGUCGACUACAACGGCAAGGUGUACCUGCCGUACCUCAGCGACUGGUCUCAGGCGUCGUCGGACCUCCUCGGGCUCAUCCAGGUGCUAGUGAUCAUCUUCAGCGAGGCGCCGCCGGUGUUCGCGCGGCCCCGCAAUGCCCGGCCUUACCCGGCCUACACAGGACAGCAGGGGUACCCGGGCUCGGAGCCGUCCUACCCGUACCCGACGCAGCCGACGAUGCCGUACCCGGUACAGCCUCCGGCGCAGCCGACGUACCCGACGCCGUACCCGCCUUACCCGGGCGCGGCCAACACGCCCUAUCCGGCGUACCCCUCGCCCUCGCAGCCGCAGCCGAGCGCGGACGGCAGUGCCACCAUCGGCGAGGAGCACAUCCGCGCCUCGCUGCUCUCGGCCGUCCAGGACAAGGUGCGCCGGCGCGUGCGCGAGCUGUCGUCCCAGGUGCAGGCGGAGCUGGACGUACUGUCCGGCACCGAGCGCGACCUCCAGCAGGGCAAGACCAAGCUGGACGAGACGGUGCAGAAGCUGGAGCAGGAACAGACGGCGCUGGACGAGCGACUCGGUCUGCUGCGCGAGAAAAACGCCGAGAUGGACGCCGCCAUCGCGCGCAUGGAGGGCGAGGAGCAGAUGGACAUCGACGAGGCGGUCAUCACCACGGCGCCCCUCUACAAACAGCUGCUGCAGACGUUUGCCGAGGAGAAUGCCACUCAGGACGCCAUCUACCACCUUGGCGAGUCGCUGGGACAACACCGCAUCGAUCUCGACGUCUUCCUCAAGCAGGUACGGACGCUCAGCCGGCGCCAGUUCAUGCUGCGCGCUACCAUGCAGAAGUGUCGCCAGCGGGCCGGCCUGUCUGGCUAGAGCGGGGGCGGUGCGCGCCGCGUCUCGGUCUCGGACGCGAGUGGGGGCUGCCGUCCGUCCGUUCGGCCGGCUGUCGGCGGCUCCGGUGGUGACCCGGCUCCUGUGUGAUGUGGUGAGCUGAGAUAGGAGCGGCUGAACGGCCGGCGGGUGGAUCACAGAGAGAUAGAGGCAGCAGUGCCGGCAGUGUCGCCGUGCGGCAUGUCGUCGCACACGCCCGUCGGACGGGACUAACGGCUGGGGAGGAUUAGCCGGGCGAGAACUCAGCUAGGACCUGUGCACGGGCCAGGGCCGGCGUGGGGCGGCGACCCUGCCCUUGGAGGUCCGGGGGAAACGAGUCUGUGCAUAGGAAACGACAGUCCAGGAUUGCGCAGGAUCCAUGUGCUGCGGUCAGCAGAAGUAUGUGCCCCGGAUCGCAGUUCCGUGGGCUGUGUUUCAGUGCGAUUGACAGGGAGUAGAUAUUCAGACGGUAACACUUAAAUCUACGUAGCUUUGUAUUCACUUCAAACUCGCGCUACGGCAACUAACGGGAUGCUCACGUUACUGCUUUAAUUUAAGUUAGUGUUUGUGACUGCUGCGGCCCUGAUUUCGGUUUCGCUUAAACUCGAGUCAGCUUUGUGUCGUCUCCCUUGCUGCGUCUGUCGCCCACUUUCCUUCAGCAUUCAACAUAAGCUAGACGGAGGUCGACUGAUUGAGAGCUCGAGCUGUGACUGUAGCCAUCAGCUCAUCGCUCUGUGCGGGAGACCGCAGUUUUCCCGAGUGCACGACUGCGCGUAUUAUCACUUACGGUAUAGACAAGAGGCUGGGUUUUGUGGUCCGCUCUUAUAUUUGGUGCUCGUUGCCGUGGCGAUACGGCGCCGUUAGACGUGUUCGUUCGUGUGUGUGGUAGCGUUUACGAGUGCGUUCGUAUGCGUUUGUCCGCGUGCGAUGGUGUCCAAUCCGUACCACGCACCCACCAGUGCACGCACGUGUGGUUUAGUUUCGCAGCGAGUGGCUUUCACCCAGUGCGAGUGUUGGCGCUCGUUUCGAGCCAUCUGAUAUAUAUAGCGUGAGUGAGAUGGACCAGACAGUGAUCGAGAGAGGCAUAUAUCGCGUCAGUGAUUGCGUGAAGGCGGCGAGGUGCAGUGAUUGUGGUUUGGAGUAGCGGCGCCGGUGAUAGCCACCAAAACUGGCCGUUUUAAGUGCGAGUCACAGCAUGGUUGUCGCGGCUUGAGUCGAAAUACAGAACCAUCGUAAU